AUGAUGAAUAACAUUCAAAAAGUACCAACAACAAUUCUCAAUGCAAUCAAUGGUGAAAAUUUAUCAUCAGACACGGUCAUAUAUUAUAAAGAAGAUCAAGGUUGGGUGUAUAAGAGAUGCGAUAUUGAUCUCAUCGAUCAAACUCGUGCAAGGAGAACAAACCUCAACGAUGAUAUACGUCCAUUGGAGUCGCUUGGUCCCUUCGGUACUCAACCAACUAACGUCUCAAUAGCUAUUUUACUAGGGACAGAUAUGUAUCAAACAAAAUUUGAUCAAGGAUUAAGUGAACUGGCUCAAUAUGAUGAUAUCGAAUGUGUUGGUCAACAUGCUCCAUUGACACCAGUAACUCUUCAGGGUGCAGCUCGUGACGUUGCACAUAUACCACAUGAUGCAACACACUUUUGUUGGGUUUAUCCACCAGCUGGACUAACUCAGUUAGGUGAUAGAGCAAAGAAAAAGAUAGAUAAGAAAGUGGCAAAAGGUGAUUUAUCCUAUACUUUCCUUGCUUUCGGUGGUUUUGUUUAUUUUCGUGUCGAUGGAUAUAACUACACGAUGUUACAAGCUAAUGCUCUUGUUAAAGCUGACAAUGGUCUUACAUUUCAUGGACCUUUCAAAUGGCGAUCAGUCUACACGGCUCAUUUGGAUAAACAAGGACGAUUUCAGAAUGUCACUGUUUCAUCGAUAUUGGAUUCAGGCAUCAAAUACUAUUGUUUUAUCAAUCCAUAUGAAAAACUUCAGAGUUCUGUUGAUGGCUAUCCAGAUUGGACUCCUGCUAAGAAUGGUGCUUUCGUCUAUUUAUACGAAUCUCCAGCAAAAUCUCAUCCAUAUGAUCGAUAUUUUACUAUUGCCGACGCACCAAUUACAGACCAUAUUGGUACACAAGUCAUGCCAUUUUCAUUAGUUCGCAGAUCCCAAUCCCUUAGGUCAUCAUUACCAUUACUACAGAACUCAGUUACCGAUAAACAAUCAGCUUCAUCUUUACCAAGUUCGAAUGCUGAUAAGGAUAGAUUUAAGUGUUUAAUUUGUUUUGAUCGUACAAUUCAAUGCAUCUUAAUUCCAUGUAAGCAUAUGUGUGCAUGUGCUGAAUGUGCUCAAAUCAUCAAAGAAAAGCAAAAAUCACGUUGUCCAAUAUGUAGACAAACAUUUACUGAAAUAUGGAAUGUGUUUUUGUAAAAAGAGAUCGGAUAUUGAUAAAGACAUCUUUAAUAAAAACUAAACAUGACUAUUCGCUUGCUUCGUUCCUCAGAGCGGGUGAAUACGGAUUGGAUCACGAAAAUGAUGUGAAAGUAUAUUCAACUAGAGGAUGGUGUAUCAAUGUUGUAUAGGGAAAAACCAGACUUCUACAACCGAAGUCCGUAUUUCCCCUAUUAACAUUUAUCGUCCAUAACACACUAUUAAUUAUCGUUUCUGUCGACUUUCACUAUUCAAAAAAGAUCGCGAAAAGGGUGUGAGUGUGAACCUCCUAAAAACUUCAGCU